AUGCCUCCAUUCGACCCUGUAAUCCAUCUGGCAUUCGAACCACCUAGCGCACGCCAUUCCUUCACCGAACUUGGACUUCCAAGACCGACGAACACACCUGAUAUGUGCUUUACCGAACCAUUCCAGCUCUUUUCCGAAGAAGGUGUUCGCAUGAUUCGCCGCGAUCUGCUGAGAAAGGAGGUCUUGGAUAAGCAUCUCAGCGCUUGGGAUCGGGCUCCGUGCUAUGUUGGCGGACAAGAGGAGAUAACGACUUGGAUUACUAGUAUGUGGAAGCAUCCCGCUACGGUGGAGUGUAUCAGCAAAGCUUUCGGCCUUCCACUGAAGAUACUCGGACGACGGGGCGAGGUUGGGUAUGUGAAUAUACAACUAGGUCCGGAAGGCGUGGAUGGCGUCUACAAACUGAAGGAGACCCCGUCUAAGCCUUUAUCAGAAUCUACCGCCGUCAUCUCCGAGUUUGACAAAGUUCUUACUGAUUCAUGGCAUCGCGAUUCGACACAGAUCGUCUGCGUGGUCAUGUUAAGCGACACAAGUAGCAUGGUGGGAGGCGAAACAGCCAUUCGGACAGGAGAUGGUCGAGUGCUGAAAGCUAGGGGGGCCAAAAUGGGAGGCGCUGUUGUAAUGCAGGGCUGCCAUACACCGCAUGCUGCUCUUCGCGCCACGAAUGCUGCAGAGCGAAUCAGUAUGGUUACCAGCUACUCCUUUGUUGAUCCAGAUCUUGAUGAUAGUGGCACCUCCCUUCGAAGUAUCGACACCAAGCAUCACGACCUUGCACUCAUCCAAGACCAUUUUUUACUUCACAAGCUGAGCAAACUUCGCGAGAGGAUCGAUGCUGCUAUGGACAAAGUCAAGGAACGGCAGAGCACUGGGGAACUGGCCAAAAGAGAGGAAGUUGAGCCUUGGGUUGAAGAUCAGAUUACUUUUUUGAAGCACACCUCGUGGGAACUUUUUGAGAGGCGUCCCAACUAUCUGUACAAGGACGUACCAGAAGAUACUCUUCGCAAUUACCUACCCAAUGUCUGA